GAGGAUGGGUCAGAGCCCUAUUUAUUUUUCAAAGACUUCACCUUGGCCCGUCUCUGCGUAGAACAGUCGCGUUCCAAAGAGAGUGAGAAUGCUGGGUGCGGCAUUUCCUCAAGCAGCUUGUACGCACCAGAACUGGAGCUUUCGUAAUGAGUCCUUGGCGUCGGCCUCCCCUUUGCCAGUCGACCGUCUUCUUCUCAGGAGUUUUAAUCGAAAAAGAAGCAUUUCUCUCACUUCUCCACGCUGUACAGCAAGAAUUACGAAGGUCAAAGAAGCUCCUUCCCCUAGCCCAGAUACACUAAUAAGAGAACCACACAAGUAUUUUGACCAGGUCAUUAUUACAGUACGUUCUGGAGAUGGGGGGCAUGGCACCAUUCUUGGCAUGCCCAACCAAAGAGCUACUUCAAAGUCACAAGGGAAACGUGGCAAGGAGAAAACUCAGAAGAAAAGUUCAUACAAAAGGGAUUUUGAUGGUUCUCUUAUCCUACCAUUGGGUGGACGUGGUGGAGAUGUUAUAAUUUAUGCAGACGAUGGCAAAGACUCAUUGCUGGAGUUCCACAAGAAGAGCCGAUACAAUGCGAAACGCGGAGGAAAUGUUGAUGCAAUGGGAGUUUUAACAUCUCAAUUACAUGAUGGAAUUGCAGCUCCAACAUUGCGUGUUCCAGUGCCUGUAGGUACUGUUGUAAAACAUAAACGGGGCAAGUUUUUGGCUGAUCUGGCACACCCAGGGGAAGAAAUUCUUGUUGCAAGGGGUGGACAAGGAGGGAUUAGUUUGCUAGAAAUGCCAGAACGUGGAAGGAAAAGGGUACUGGCCUUAACGACAAAUGUGAUGAGAGAUGAAAAUGAUAAGGUUUUAGUUAUUGGUCAGCCAGGAGAGGAGGUUAGUUUGGAGUUGAUUCUAAGGAUCGUUGCGGAUGUUGGUCUUGUUGGACUUCCAAAUGCUGGCAAAUCAACCCUACUGGCUGCAAUAACACUAGCAAAACCUGAUAUUGCUGAUUAUCCUUUCACAACCUUGAUGCCAAACCUUGGACGCCUUGAUGGUGACCCUAGUUUAGGGGCUGAGAAGUAUUCAUCUGAAGCCACAUUGGCCGAUUUGCCUGGUCUCAUUGAAGGUGCACAUCUUGGCAAGGGUCUUGGUCGCAAUUUUUUGCGGCACUUGAGGAGGACUAGAAUGUUGGUACAUGUUGUUGAUGCAGCUGCCGAGAAUCCUGUGAAUGACUAUAGGACUGUAAGAGAAGAAUUGAGAAUGUACAAUCCUGAUUAUCUAGAACGGCCAUAUAUAGUGGUACUAAAUAAGAUUGAUAUCCCUGAGGCCAGGGAUAAACUUCCAUCUUUGACUCAAGAAAUAUUGAGAAUUGGAAGACAUGAGAUACCUUCACAACAGGCUACAAGCUCUGGUGACGAAGUUCAAGAUCUAGGUGCUGAGGGUGAUCGUGCAAAUGGUCUUUCUGACAAGGAUAAGAAUGUUAGGGAAAUUGAGGACUAUCCAUUCCCCCUUGCUGUUGUGGGCGUCAGUGUUCUGAAAGGCAUCCGGGUAGAUGGGAUGUUGGGAGAGAUAAGGGCGGCUCUAAGGAAGUGCCGCGAUUCCAGCUAAGCAUUGGCACCAACUGUGAGACCAUGACAGCUUUGACAGAUCGGACAUUAGGUUGCCAAUCAUGUCAACUACCUUUCUGGACCAAAGCUGUAGGACUGCUCGACUCAACCAGAAUGGCAGAUCAACUGACCUCGGCUGGAAACUUAUUCACCACAAGCAGAGAAGGUUCUCUUCAACUCUUCUUGCCUGAAUCCUGCCAAGUUCAUAGAAUCAUUAAUGCCUGCGAUUAUCUCCUAUAAAAUUCUUCAGCUUUCGGCAGCCUUGUGUACAAUGUUAGUUUGACACUAGAGUAGAGGGUUUUACUUAUUUGCUUGCUAGUAUAUGUUCUUGAUAGCAUAAUUUGCAUCAGUAUAUGUUGUUGUGUUACUGCAACAGUGUGCCCUUUUACCUAUUGAUGUACAGUACAGAUUGUCUCAACUUUUUCAUUUUCUUUUUUGUUGAAUAGACACGAAAAAACCAUUUUCGGUUUUUUUCUUCUUCAA